GUCAAGCGCCAGUCGGGCUGGAACCCGCCUUCGAACCUGAAGACUCCUCUUGAGGAGGUCUGGAAGCACUAUGAGUCUACCUACGGACCCAAGGGCGUUGAUGACAACAUUAACUGGGGCUUUCACCAGAUCAUGGCCAACAAGGGUUUCCUCAACAUCUGUGUUCGAUGGGAUUCUAAGAAGACCGUGACUGCUGCCCAGCGAACCAAGAUCGCAAGCAAGUACAACGAGCAGUACCAGAAGUGGUUCAAGUGGCUCUAUGGCUACAACGGCUUCCCCUACGAGAACGUCAAGGUCAACAUCGUGGGCUGGGCUGUCAAGGAUAAGAGUCUGCUCCAGGGUUCGACCGAAGGCCUCGAUAUCUACACUGGCCUCGAUGCUGAUGGUAUCCCCAUGUGCGAUAUCGGAUGCGCUCGUGAUGCUCACCUCGAUGGUGACUACAGCGGCUGCAAGGCUGGCGCUGCCCGUCACUUCGACCACUCUCUCUGGCUGACCGACGGUCUUGAGGGCGGUUAUGGCUGGUCUUGGGGACAGCAGGUUGGAUCCGAGUACAUGCUGAACAACCUUGACUCUGAUUCUGUCCACAUUCUGCUGCACGAGAUGGGCCACACCUUUGGCCUGGAUGACUUCUACGACUGGACCCCUACUGGAGUCAGCAACUUCAUCAUGCUUGCCGGUUCUUCUAUGGAGAUCACCGACUUUGACGGCUGGAUGUACCGCAACUGGUGGUACUACCUGUCUCAGAAG